AUGGGUGGAAGCCAGUACGAUGAUGAGUGGGUGUUGCCCAGUGCCGAUAUCACUCUUGUUCUUGUUGGGAAACUUGGCUAUGGCAAGAGUGCAACUGGAAAUAGCAUCCUUGGACGGGAAGCAUUUGUAUCAGAAUAUUCACAUGCCAGUGUUACUAAUACUUGUCAGUUGGGAAGCACUACCCUGAAGGACGGCCGCACCAUCAAUGUUAUUGAUACACCAGGGUUAUUUGAUAUGAGCAUUACAUGUGAUGAUGCUGGUAAAGAGAUUGUUAAAUGUAUGAACAUGGCUAAAGAUGGGAUACAUGCAGUUCUGAUGGUUUUUUCUGCCACAUCUCGGUUUUCUCGAGAGGAUGCAAGUACAAUUGAGACCAUUAAGGUCUUCUUUGGGGAAAAGAUUGUGGACCACAUGAUUGUAGUUUUUACUUAUGGAGAUCUAGUUGGUGAAUCUAAGUUGAAGAACAUGCUAAAUAAUGCGCCAGAGUAUUUGCAGAAUGUUGUUGAGCUAUGCCAAAACAGAGUUGUCGUCUUCGAUAACAUGACCAAUGACCGAAGGCUCCGAGCGCAGCAACUUGACAAAUUGCUUGAUGUAGUGGACUCAGUUUGUGCAAACAAUGGAGGAAAACCAUUUUCAGAUCAAAUGUUCACUCGCAUCAAGGAGGUGCAUGAUAGAGAAAAAGAGGUGCAUACCUUGGGGUAUUCAGAAGAGCAGAUAUCUGAGUUGAGGAAGGAGAUUCAUAGAACUAGGGAUGAACAGCUUGCACACAUAACCAGCAUGGUCGAGGAAAAGUUAAACUGCACUGUGGAGAAGCUGCAACAGCAACUCAUGGAAGAACAGAUCGCAAGGCUGGAAGCUGAGAAGGUGGCGUAUGAUGCUAGGCUGAAAUCAGAAGCGGAGAUCCAGAAGCUCAAGGAGAGCCUCAAGAAGGCUCAAAUGGAAAACGAGGAGUUCCGGAGGAUGGCGCAGAGCCAGGGCAGCAAAUGUGCUAUCCUAUAG